UUAACCUGGUCAAAUGGUCCGUGAAAGGAAAUAUUUGACCAUGGAGGAGAGGAUCAAAGCAAUAGAUCGCCAUGAAGGCGGGGAGUCGAUUCGUGCAAUAGCAAAGUCACUUGGCACAGGGAGAAUGCAGAUAGCGCUGCUGAUUCGUAAAAAAGAGGAUAUCCGGCGUCAAUGGGAAGCAGGGGUCUGUGCUUCAAGGAAGCUCUUGCACGAACGUAAGGUUGCCUAUCCUGAACUGGACGAGAAACUGUACGAGUGGUUUCUAUCAGCUCGAAGUCGAAACGUUCCAACUUCCGGGAGAUUGCUUCAAAAGAAAGCAAUUGAAUUGGCAAAGGCACUCGGGAUCGAAGGGUUCUGUGCUUCAAACGGGUGGCUUGAUAAAUUUCAAAAACGAAAGAAUAUCACCGGUGUGUCAGUUGGCGAGUCUCGAGAUCUUGCUCCCGAAUCCGUAUCCGACAAUUGGAAAGGCAGACUGAGCAGUUUGUGCGAAGGCUAUGCAGCGAAAGACAUUUUUACUUGCGCGGAAACCUGUCUAUUCUAUGGCUGCACCCCGGGCAACAGUAUUGUACAGACGGAAGAUGUUAAUAAAAACCCCGGGAAGGAAUCGGAAAAAAGAUUGACGGUGUUAUUUUGCUGUAGCAUGGAAGGGGAGAAGUUGCCACCUUUUGUAAUUGGACGUUUUAAAAUUCUGUACAAACCACUUGACCGAAUCGAAUAUCAACACAAUCUUAGGGCGUGGAUGAGCAAAGGAUUGUUUGAAGAGUGGUUGAACAAUUGGAACACUCGACUUGUUGCGGAACAAAGAAAUAUCAUCCUCCUACUGGACCACUGUGCGGCGCAUCCUUAUGUAGAUUUGAGUAAUAUCAAGAUGAUUUUCCUGCCCCCUAAUGCCAAAUCAACCCUGCAACCUCUAGAUGCUGGGAUAAUUCAAUUAGUCAGACAGCAAUAUCACAGUAGACUUUUGUCUCGCCUGUUUCAGUCCGCAAGUGGCGCUCCUCUGGAUUCUAAUAUUUCAAGCAAAAUACACGUUCUUGACGCACUCUCCUGGUUAAGCGAUGCAUGGGAGGACAUUGAGACAUCCAUCAUCGUUUCCUGCUUUUCCCGUUGCGGUUUGGGUGAUGAUAUUGGUCACUGCGAACUGAAUCAAUGUAUCACUGGUGCAGAAAUUUGCGGUGAUCUUUCUUCCUUUUUGACAACAGGAGUAGUCACUAGUCCAGAUGUCCGUGUGGCCGAUGGUCACGAUGGUACUCAAGUGGUUACUGAAGAAAAGGACAUUCCCAUCGCCAUUCCCCAUAGUAAAACUUCCCGUGAUCUUGGGCAAUUCUCUGUCAAGAUGGAGGAUCUGAUUACCGUUCCUGCGGCCAUCCAUCAAGUAGAGCGCAUAAGAAUCAUGGCUUUCAGUCAUUACCCCCAGUUGGUACCAGUGGUGAAUGAUCUCCUAUUUGCUCUCGAAUCGGUCAGAGAUGAAGAUGAAAGCCGACAAAUCGACACACAGUGAGCCAUCAGCUUCCUCCUGCAACGUCAGCUGGCCAUGGAUACACAUCGAAAGCUUCUUCACGAACAAUUUACUUCUUUUGUUGGUACAACGUCACUGGCUGAAGUUUUGGCAUUGUGCACCAUUCCUAUACCACUUCUCUCAAUCCGUCAUAUUUUGGCGUCGCUUUUUGGUUUAAAACUGCGUAAUCUCAUCAUGAAUCUACUCUGGGAUGCACUGUGUGUGAUUAUCCCAACGAUUCUGCUAUUGACCGUAGCUCAUCAACACAUUUUGCUGGUUUGGACGAGUACAUCUGUCUCAGUUUUCUUCUGCCAACUUCUCGCCGUGCGCCCCCGAAGUAAUCGACCGCCUUUAACCUUCGCUUCCCUGGUUUGCGUACCGGAAUUGAAAUGUGUAGUCAUGUUGCUCACCUGUCUGAUGCUGUUGGGCAUUGAUCUUCCCGUAUGUCCGAGACGAUUUGCCAAAACGCACACUCAUGGGUUCAGCCUAAUGGACACCGGGACCGGUCUGGCCAUAUCGCUUUCAGCUAUAUCAACGUACCAGUAUAUUCUUUCCCCACCUGUGGUUCCAUCAAGUCUCGGAUAUCUUCUCCAACGUAGUGUUUUGCCCGCUUUCAUCAUCGGAUCCAUCCGAGUGUGUUUGGUUUCACUCCUAAAUUAUCAACAGCCAACGGCAGAAUACGGCUCGCAUUGGAACUUCUUUUACACAUUUGCUUUUGUCCGAUUUAUUUCCUGCACUGUACUGUCCAGCGAAUUGUUCACCAAUCGCUGUUCCCUAACAAAGCGUCUGUUUUGUCUAAUUGGAAUCACCGUUUCGCUGUUCUCACUUUCCUGGUAUCUAGAGCAGCGAGUCAGUUUGAUUAUGACAGAUGAUGUAGAUUGGCCUUCAGACGAGGCCAGAUCAAGGUCGCUACUUCUAGCCAACGCCGAGGGUUUGUUAUCACUCUCUGGGUAUACAGCGAUUUACUUCUGUGGUAUAUUAUAUUUCACUUUUUCCCGGUUAUUAUUUGAUCAUGACAUUUUCACCAGAACAAUCGGGUCUUUUUUGGCUUACACUUUGUUCAGUUUGUUCUUACUUGUUUUCUGUUACGCUUAUCUGGAUCAUUUUGGGUGGUAUUCAAUUUCGCGCCGCUUUGCAAACUCAGGAUACAUUGUGUUCAUCUUCCUGGCCACAGUAGUUUCGGUUCUAUUCAAUUCCCUUAGUGGUUUUGCCCAGUACUGCUGUGGUAAGACCUCUGAGUAUCCACCCUCCGCACUGAUACUUUGCACUUCCAAAUUUGGAAUGUCAUACUUUCUUCUCUCUAACGUGAUUACAGGAGGCGUAAAUUUCUUUUUGGAUACCCUUAGUUUUUUGUCAUCCGACGCUGUUAUAGAUCCGAUCACUGGUGUCUGUUCUCUGAGUUUCCAGUCUUCUGCUGUACAGUUGGUAAUUCUUCUGAUGUACGCUAUUUUGUGUCUGGUAUUAGUACUUGUGUUUAACACAAAAUCACUGAAUGUCCAG